AUGGAGAACCAGGCGAAGUACCUCUCAUCGGUGCAGGGGAUUGACACUGUGCCGGCACCCCCCGGAGAGAUCAUGUGGAACAGCACCGAAUCGGAGGCGACGAAGGACGGGGGAAAGGAUCUGGUGGGGCGGACGCUGACGGGCUGCCUGCUGUCCCUGCUCAUCCUCUGGACCCUGCUGGGCAACAUCCUGGUCUGCUCCGCGGUGCUGCGCUUUCGACACCUGCGGACCAAAGUGACCAACAUUUUCAUCGUCUCCCUGGCUCUAUCGGAUUUAUUCGUGGCCGUCCUGGUGAUGCCCUGGAAAGCCGUGGCAGAGGUGGCGGGGUACUGGCCAUUCGGCACUUUCUGUAACGUCUGGGUAGCUUUUGACAUUAUGUGCUCCACCGCCUCCAUCCUCAACCUCUGCAUCAUCAGCGUGGAUAGAUACUGGGCCAUCUCCAGCCCCUUUCGCUACGAGAGGAAAAUGACCCAGCGAGUUGCCUUUGUUAUGAUCAGCGUCACUUGGACGUUGUCUGUCCUCAUUUCAUUCAUCCCGGUCCAGCUGAACUGGCACAAAGCCAGCAGUGACGACACGGCGGGGGCGCACAACUCGUCCACGAGUCCGCAGAAAGAGGAGAACUGCGACUCCAGCCUGAGCAGGGAGUAUGCUAUAUCCUCCUCUUUGAUAAGUUUCUAUAUCCCCGUGGCAAUUAUGAUUGUGACUUACACCAGAAUAUACCGGAUUGCACAAAUACAAAUAAGAAGAAUCGCCUCCCUGGAGAGAGCGGCGGAGCACGCGCAAAGUUGCAGGACGAACAGAAUCGAGUGCCAACACCACAACACCUUGAAGACGUCCAUCAGACGGGAGACCAAAGUGUUCAAAACCCUGUCGGUGAUCAUGGGUGUGUUCGUGUGCUGCUGGUUACCUUUCUUCAUCCUCAACUGCAUGGUCCCGUUCUGCGACCGGCCGGCCGCGGACCGGGCCGCGGGCCCGCCCUGCGUCAGCGAGACGACUUUCGACGUCUUCGUGUGGUUCGGCUGGACCAACUCCUCCCUGAACCCCGUCAUCUACGCCUUCAACGCCGAGUUCAGGAAGGCCUUCGCCAGCCUCCUGGGCUGCCGCAACUUCUGCUCCAACACGCCGGUGGAGACCGUGAACAUCAGCAACGAGCUGGUCUCCUACAACCAGGACACCCUCACGCACAAGGAGAUCGCGAACGCGUACGUCGGCAUGAUCCCCAACGUGGUCGAAUGUAUCGAGCACGAGGAGACUUUUGACCGGAUUUCACAGUUUUCUCACACCAAUGAAAUCGCCACCGACUCGGUGUGUGACGUGGAGGACUGCGAGGCGGACCUCAGCCUGGACCGGAUGUCCCCGUUCACACACAACGGAUUACACUGA